AUGGCAAGUCCUUUAAGACUUGUUCUAGUGCUAAUCUUCAUAUCCAUUACAUUUUCCAUAUCUAAAGGCGAUGAAUCAUCUGAAGACGGAGACGAGUACGUGAGAUCAGCGUGCAGUGUUACUAGAUAUCAAGAUAUCUGUAUCCGUUCGCUAGAAUCUUAUUCUAAUGCAGCAAAAUACGAUUCCCGGAAAUGGGCUCAAGCAGCUGUGGCUGUAACACUGGAGGAAGCUAAAAACGUGACACAUCACUUGAAAAAGUUGAAACAAAAGAAGAGUAUCAGAAAGAAAAGACAGAGAAUAGAUAUUUCCGAGUGUAUAGAUUGUUUUGAAGAGACGGUCGAAAACAUUCAGGAUUCUCUCCAUGAACUCCGUAAACUGAACGGGAAGACGUUCGACGUGCAAAUGGGAGACAUCCAGACGUGGAUGAGUUCUGCAUUAACUUAUGAAGAUACUUGUAUUGAUGGGUUUGAAAAUAGAAAGGGGAAACAAGUUAAGAUACUUCAUAAUAAGAUUUUGAGACUCUCAUAUAUCACUAGUAAUGCAUUAGCUCUUGUUAGUAAGCUUGCAUCUGCUGGUGACGAAAUAAAUGCUUAA